UCCUCUUCUUCCUCCCAAAUGCCACACUAUCUCUCUGCUUGCCUAAUUUGCCCAUUUCUCCACUUCCCAUCAUCCUGCAUUCUGUCUCUUUGCCUUGUAAUAACUUGGUAGAACUGAAAACCAGCAAAUAUACGAAGACACACACCCAAGGAUGCAAUUGCAGAAUACCAUUUCCAUUGCUUCUCUGCUUGCUGCAACUCUUCUCCUCUCCUUCUCCACUGCUCUUAAGGAAGGCCAAACUUGUGCAGCAGACAGAUUCUGCGACUCGGGGCUCCACUGUGAAACCUGUGUGGCUAACGGCAAUGUUCGCCCUCGUUGCACCAGAAUCCAACCCAUAAUCCCAACUUCUAAGGUGAAGGGAUUGCCAUUCAAUCGGUACACAUGGCUUACCACCCACAAUUCGUUUGCCAUGAUGGGGGAGAAGUCCGCAACUGGGUCCAUCAUUCUAGCUCCCACUAACCAGCAAGACUCCAUUACUAGCCAGCUCAAUAAUGGGGUGAGAGGUUUGAUGCUGGACAUGUACGACUUCAUGAAUGAUGUCUGGUUAUGCCAUUCUUUCGGAGGAAGAUGCUUCAAUGUGACUGCUUUUCAACCGGCUGUGAAUGUACUCAAGGAGAUUCAAGCUUUCCUCGAAUCGAACCCCUCUGAGAUCAUCACCAUCUUCAUAGAGGACUAUGUUACUUCCUCAAACGGACUAACCAAAGUUUUCAAUGCUGCUGGCCUGAGGAAGUACUGGUUUCCAGUGACAAAGAUGCCCAAAAAUGGCGGGGACUGGCCGACGGUUGACGAUAUGGUAAAGAACAAUCAGCGGUUGGUAGUCUUCACUUCCAAGUCAGCCAAGGAAGCCUCGGAAGGGAUUGCUUACGAGUGGAGAUAUGUGGUCGAAAACCAAUAUGGGAACGGUGGGAUGGUGGCUGGCUCGUGCCCAAACCGGGCAGAAUCAUCAGCCAUGAAUACAACAACAAGAUCACUGGUGCUAAUGAACUACUUCCCUGAUAACCCCGACCUCUCGCAGGCUUGUAAGCAGAACUCUGCCCCAUUGAUGAGCAUGACAGACACAUGCCAUUCGGCAGCAGACAACCGAUGGCCUAACUUCAUCACAGUCGAUUUCUACAAGAGAAGCGAUGGAGGGGGAGCUCCACAAGCGACGGAUGUCACGAAUGGGAAGCUUGUUUGCGGGUGUGGGAACAUCGAUUCUUGCAGGCAAGGCAUGGCGUUUGGGGAAUGUGAGCUACCAGAGGCUGGUGUAGCUCCAGCACCUGGAGCUGGAGCUGCAGCAAAGGAAACAGCGAGCUCUGCAGGUUUAGGGAAGAGAGCACCAUUUUUGCAGGGAUGGCGGAUGGCUGUGUUGAUUCUUGGGUCACUUCAUUUCUCUCUGUGGUUUUAGUUCUUAAAGAGUACAACCAGUGUUCUUGAACUUGUGAUGGUUCAUUGUGUCUGUUGUAGUGUCUACGCAGUGGGGAAUAUUGUCCCUCGCAGAUACUUAUCUUAUGAUGAUUGUCAUUUGUUAAUCAAUUUGUGGAAAGCAAAUGCCUGAAUCUAGUGGCGAAGAAGGAGAUACAAAUGACGAAUAGGAAUGGCAAUGGGAAGGUCCGGGGCGGGUUUCUUGG